AGAAACAAGGCGGUGCUCGUGCUCCACUUGAGGAGAGAGGGGUCAUAUCCCACAAAGCAGCAGCAUUACCUCCUCCACCAGGGUGAAGCUCUGCCCGCCAUGUACACUGCAGUUUGCGCGAUCAGCAGCAUGGAGGUAACCAAAAGAGAGGACCGCUCCGCCGAGCAUGCUGUCUCUUUGACUGGGGCACCAGAGCUGGAGAGUCAAGGGAGAAACAAUGAACGGAGAAGGAAGAGGAAUUACCACUGUAAAGUUAUUACUGGGGUUCUGCUGCUGUGCUUACUGGUGGUCAUCCUGGCCGUGGCGUUGUCUCUGAGGAAGAGCAGUGAUGCCAAAGCUGAAGGUGAGCUCUGGCUGUUCACCCCCCUGGAAGGAGACAUCCAAGAGCCAAAGUGUCCCCCUGGCUUCUCCCGGCCUCCUCUCAUCCUGGUGUCCUUGGACGGUUUCAGGGCAGAGUACCUGAAAGACCACGGCAGCCACCUUCCUGUCAUCAACAAGUUACGAAACAGCGGGACAACACCUCCCUACAUGAGGCCUGUUUAUCCCACAAAGACCUUCCCCAACCACUACAGCAUUGUGACUGGUCUUUAUCCCGAGUCCCAUGGGAUAGUGGACAACAAGAUGUACGAUAUGAAACUAGAUGCUUUCUUCAGCUUGAAAACUGACGAGAAACUCAACCCAAAAUGGUACCAAGGAGAGCCAGUCUGGAUCACUGCCAUGCGUCAGAAGUUAAAAGCAGGAACCUUCUUCUGGCCUGGCUCAGAUGUACAAAUAAAUGGCACCUACCCAAACUUGUACAAGUCCUAUGAUAAGAGCAUUACAUUCGAGCAGAGAGUGUCAACACUGUUUGAAUGGCUCAGUUUACCUGAAGGGGACAGACCUGACUUCUACACUUUGUAUCUGGAGGAGCCUGACUCGGCUGGACAUCGAUACGGACCAGGGAGCAGCGAGGUUGUUCAGGCCUUGAAAAAUGUGGACAGGAUUGUGGGGCUGAUGAUGGACGGCCUGACACAGAAAAACCUGCACCACUGUGCCAACAUUAUAAUCGUAUCAGACCACGGAAUGGAGGAGGCUUCGUGUGAUAAGGCAUUCUAUGUGUCAAACUACCAAGACAAUACAGAGGACUUUUCUGUCAUCCAAGGCCCUGCUGCUCGCAUCAGACCCACCCGCCUGCCAGAGGAUUACCUUAUCUUCGACUAUGAGGGCGUGAUGAAGAACUUGUCGUGCAGGACCGAUGACCAGCCAAUGAGGCCCUUCCUCAAAGAAAACCUCCCCAAGAGGAUGCACUUUGCCAAAAACGAUCGCAUCGAGAGAGGACACCUCUACAUGGAGCAGGGGUGGCAGGCUGCGCUUAAUCGCAAGGAGCUGAAGUAUUGCACUGGUGGAUUCCACGGCUCAGACAACAUCUUCACCAACAUGCAGGCGAUCUUCAUUGGCUACGGUCCAGGAUUCAAAGAAAACACUGUUGUGCCCCCCUUUGAAAACAUUGAGUUGUAUAACCUCAUGUGUGACCUCCUGGGUAUUCGUCCCUCUCCGAACAACGGGACUCACGGCAGCCUGAACCACCUUCUGAAGCAUCCCGCCCACCAGCUGGUCCACCCAGCGCAGCUCUCACACGACACCCCCUGUGAGACCUCUGACCCCGCCCCCACCGACCUGCAGUGCUCCUGCGCGUCCCAGGACAAGGCCGCGGAGACGGACCUCAACAGAAAUCUCAUAGCAACUAAUUCCAGUGUUAAAGCCAUCUUACGCCACCUCCACCAUCCCUUUGGCAUCCCCAGUGUCGUCCAAUCAGGCGCCAGCUUUUGUCUCCUCCACCAAUCCAACUACCUCAGUGGAUACAGCAGAGACCGCCUCAUGCCCCUGUGGGUGUCGUACACCCUCGAGCCUCUGACCACAGUCCGACCCCUGAGCCCAGAGUUCGAGGAGUGUGUUCGUGCUGACGUCCGCACCCCCCCGGCCGCCAGCCAGCUGUGUCUGCGCUACAGAAACGACCCAAGCCUGUCCUUCGGCCUGCUGCAUCCCCCCAAUCUGGGUGCCAACGGAGCAGAGACAGACUCUCUAAUCACGAGCAACAUGGCACCAAUGUUCCCUGCAUUCAAAGAUGUUUGGACCCAUGUCCAUGAUGUCCUGCUUCCAAAAUAUUCCAAAGAGCUGAACGGAGUCAACGUCAUGAGCGGGCCGAUAUUUGAUGAAGACUACGAUGGAAACGUUGAUGCACUCAAAGCCAUCUCAGGGAAUGAGGCUCCCGUCCCGACACAUUUCUUCGUGAUCCUGACCAGCUGCAGGAACUCGACCUUCAGGCCCGUUGGCUGCAAGGGUCCUCUGAGGGUCAAGUCCUUCAUCCUGCCCCACAGACCUGACCACACGGAGAGCUGCGCUAGCGGGUCAGACUUGUCGUGGGUGGAGGAUUGGCUGCAGUUUCACACGGCGAGAGUCCGAGACAUCGAGAUGCUGGCCGGACUCAGCUUCUACCACGACAGGAUAUCAGUGGAGGAGACGCUUCAGCUGAAAACGUUGCUACAGACUGCUUAAAAUCUGAUACUUUAUCAAAAUUAAGAUUGAAUUUCCAAAGGAAGCCAUAUUGGUCUGCACAACAGGCCUCAGUCCACAUGGACACACAGUUAACGGGUGCACUCGUUUUCUGUGUUAAAACCAAAUUGAUCUGACUUAAGCUCCAUCCAGGUUUUUUUUCAUAUGUUUGAUUUCAAUGUAAACAUUUCAGAUAAAUCCAUGUGUGGAAAAUGUGUAUUUGUUUUUGAUAAUGUUUUUAUAAAAUGAACCAAAAAGCUCUGAACCAAAGACGUCGUCACAUCUGCUGAGUGGCUCCAAAGUAUUGCCUCGUAUGGGAACAAAAUAAAAGGGAAAUGUUUAUUGAUGAAAGAAGAAUUUAUUUAUAGAACACUUGCUUUUAUUGGCAGAGGCUCUUCAGGAAACACACGACAAUCUGGAAAUUAUUUAUGUCUGCUUCCACACAUCUGGAGAGCUGCCUGCAGACAGAAAACAACAAACAUGAAAACUUAAGAAAGAAGUUUUACUGUUAAAAGAAAACUACAUAUUUUACCUGCCAGAUGUUGCCAUUGUUUGUUCAUGCUUGUUAUUUUUCUAUUUUCUUCAUACUUCAUACAUACAUUGCUGUUUUUUGUGUGUGUGUGUGUGUGUGUGUGUGUGUGUGUGUGUGUGUGUGUGUGUGUGUGUGUGUGUGUGUGUGUGUGUGUGUGUGUGUGUGUGUGUGUGUGUGUAUUGAUGGAUAAUGAGACACAUUUCCCCAUUUUGUUUGUCUUUGUGGUUAAUUUACAUAUUUUUUAAGCUAUUUUUGCCUUUGUAGUAGUUUUCAAAUCAUCUUUGUGUAGCUAUUUAUGUUUUUCUGUUCAUGUUGUGUCUUCAUUGCAAUGCUGUGUCUCUUUGAUAUAGUUUUGCAUCUCUUCAUUGCCUCUUUAUUGUUGUUUUGCGUCUCUAUACUUUGCAUCUCCUGAUCAUUUGUACUUUCGAAUCAUUUCCGUUUUGGUAAACCAUAACUGUCGGAUGUGGCUGUUGGUUGAGAAACUUUAGCUGAACUCAGUAUUUAGUUUACGCUGGACAUGAGAAGCUUUCUGUGCCCUGUCGUCCCAGUCACUAUUUUGAUUUGUGUACACAAAAACAGAAUGAGAAAACUUGAAUUUACUGUGUGUGUGUGUGUGUGUGUGUGUGUGUGUGUGUGUGUGUGUGUGUGUGUGUGUGUGUGUGUGUGUGUGUGUGUGUGUGUGUGUGUGUGUGUGUGUGUGUGUGUGUGUGUGUGGCUGAAAUAAUUUCUUUGGAUCAACACACUUAGUCUUAAAUUUACUGUCUGGAAGUUAAAGUUUAUUAAAAAAAGAAGGAAGGUUCAACAGAUUUUUCCAUCAUCUAUAGCAGCUUUUUUUUGUGACUACAGUCAAAUACGCCGUUUCAAAUAAAAACUCUUCUACACUGAA